UGACUCUUCAUGUAAAUUGGCAUUCGACACGGUCGGGCCGUGAUUUGAUAGUGGAGAAAGUCAAAACCCUCUCGCACUAAAAUUUAAAUGCGUUUUUUUCUCUCUCUCUCAAGCUUGCUUCCACUUUCUCCCAGCUGCAAAGAAACUACAAACAAAUUAUUUUCGUUCACAAACGAACCAAGAUUCUACUUGGUCAAUUUUUACAUGUUAGUCCUCCUUCUGGUUUCAACAGAAGGUAUAGAUUCUUCAUCUGGGUGGUCUGGAACGUGAAGUUGAAUUUGUUUUGGAGUUGAGUUUAGUGGAGUUGAGUUGAGUUGAGGUUGCUAUGGAGAGAAAUGUCAUGGGCUUGACUUCGAAGAAUGUAUUGGCCACUGCGAAAAGAGAACCUACUGAAGAAUGCAACGAUUCAGAUAAACAGCUAGGAGAUUGGAACUCCUGACAUAAUCCAACCCUGACCUAGAAGGCCGGUGCACCGGUGAGAAGUUCAGCAAUGCAGUUGUCAUUCUCAAAUAAGGUUUCUGCCCUUCCUCGGAUCUUAUCUUUUAAGGCUGCUCAAGAAGAGAAGGCCAAAAAGACUGGUUAUGAUGCCUUUGUAUCAGCUGGAUUGGUGGCUAUAACAACUACAGAAGCUUUUGACUCUAUUCACAAACCAUGCUCUGGUGUUGCGCAGAAAAACUUGAGUCUUGAGAAACAAGCAGUAACCGACUAUACGGUGUCAACCUAUGCUUCAAAACCCUUUGAUGCACAGCCAGUUCAUCGGCCUCAUGAAGUCAGGGUGCUUCCUGUCGCCAACAUAACAACCCAAAUGAUUUCAGUCGCUAUGAGUACUCCUGGUCACCAUUUACUUAUUACUUCUGCUGGACAAAAUCUGAUUGGUUCUGCUGUGAAUCCACAACCUCUUGGAGGAGUUCCAAUUAGUGCCCCUGUUCCAGUUGUUCCCAACAGUUCCAUUGUUGGUACCACUGAUUUAAGAAAUGCUUCCAAGACCUCGGCUCCUGCUCAAUUGACCAUCUUUUACAAUGGUUCGGUGUGUGUUUAUGAUGACGUCUCUGCUGAGAAGGCCCAAGCUAUUAUGUUAUUGGCUGGAAACGGGCCACCUGUGAGUCCUAAGAUGAUAGUGCCACCAACACAAGUGCAGGCAGCGAUGCCAAGGCCUUCUCUUAGUGAUGGUUUUGUUGUGAGCCAGUCCCAUAGCACAACACCUUGUGUGGGUCUUUCAAGCCGUAUUUCUGUAUCCUCCCAUUCUGGCUCUCAGUUUGCUGAGGGUACCAGUAGCACCAAGGAAAUAACAACAGUAAAAUCGAUAGGAGCCCUGACAUUUUCUUCUAACAAAUCAGAGCAUUCUAAAGUAGUCAGUUCACUGGGAUCUGUUCUUCCGACUAUCAUUCAAUCAGCUGUGCCUCAGGCUCGCAAAGCAUCGUUGGCUCGAUUUUUAGAGAAGCGCAAGGAGAGGGUGAUGAGCACUUGCCCAUAUGUCAGUAAGCCAUCUUCAGAUUACAGCACGCCUGGAUCUGGAGGUCAUCUGUGAUCUCUUCGGGCCCUUAUCCUCUCCAGCCAUCAAUUAGCAAUUUAGCACUAAGGGAACUGUUAUCUAUUGCACAUUAACCAGGUUGCACAACACAAACAUUAAUAGGAGAGCCAGGAAUGAUCGUUUGAAUUUUUCGUCGUAUUAUUUCCAAUUAAAUUUCUAGUGGUUUCCUAUAUCUGAUUCUAGGUCAUUUUUGUUCUGAUUGUGAUUGGAGUCUAUUCAUUCGAUAACACUAAGAAUACUUUCUACUUAUUAUUUUCCAUUACUCCGUAAAGAUGCC